GAAAUCCGACCACGGCGAUUUACUAGCACUCGAACGGUGGGAGUAAAUGAGUAAACUAUACGUUCGAAACGUUUUGGGUGUGUGUAGGUACCCAUUUUACCAUUCAAAUUCGCCGAAGGAAAACGUUUAGAAGCGCUCCGGCGAAGACCGACCGCGAAUUCGAGCAUCGCAGUACGCAGUUCAUCGUUAGUUCGGUGAUUUACAUACGAUAUUUUGUAGUAAAUACGAAGUGAAAGCAUGAAAGUCGCUAUUGGAGCCGUCGUUUUCGUCAUUUUCGUAUUCGACAAAUCUAUUGCUUUACGAUGUUGGAAAUGCUCCAGUGAUAUUGACCCGUCCUGUCGAGAUCCCUUCAACGAAUACGGCAGCAGGGGCUAUGGACAAAGUAGCUCUUAUGAUCGUUUAAGAACCACAGGCUACAAUCAGAGACCAUCAUACGACAACUACAAUUCUAGGUACGAUCCAAGAUACGAUAAUCAGAGGUACGAUAAUCAGAGGUACGAUAAUCAAAGGUACGAUAACCAACGGUACCCGGAGAACAGGGAUCCCAACUACAAUCCCGGGGGAUUUAAUAAUUACAAUCAGGGAUAUAACAAUGUGGGUAGGCAGCCGGUGCUGGAAGUGUGCGAUGAAAACGAGGCGAGAAACAGGCGGAUGAGGAACGUUUGCAUAAAAGAAAUCGUACGAGGUUCUAGCUACAUGAGCGUAGUACGAAGAUGCGAGCUCAUCCCCUACGAGCAAUCAGUCGGUACAUGUUCGCAGGGUGUGAGCAAAGGAUUGACCUUAGAUUUCUGCGAAUACUGCGAUUGGGACGGUUGCAAUUCCGCCACCGGACUCAAAACCAAUCUCUUCUUGGCUGCUGGCGUGUCUUCGGUCCUGCUCUUCUUCUAUCAUUAACCUAAAUUCCGGUGAAUUGGCUGUUCGCGUUGGGGACCAAAGAUAAUACAACGAGGUGUUCACCAUGUUUCAUUAGAUGGCUUUUGCCGAAAUUUGUUGUAAUUUGCAUUUUUUUGUUGUGUUAAAAUGUUCAAUGUAAUCACGGAAAGUUAUUAGCUUGUUAGGAGGAAGAUUUAUUAUUUUUUUUAGGUUAUAUAGCAACUGGUGAUACUAAUUGAAUUUGCAAUAAUUGCUGUUUAAUAUAUUUGGAUGUUAUAAGUUAAAGAACUAGUUACCGUAACAACAUGCAUCUUCUUACCUUACUUUUAAUUUAGGUAACUCGAUUAAAAUGUGCUAAAAAUAGUAAUUAUUUACGUAAAUCUAAGUGUAAUGAAUUAAAAAAUAAUUAAUUAUCUCUAAUUUACAAUAUUGAAUUAUUUGUUCCACAACGCAAUAAAAUCAGUUAAAAUGUGCUUAUGAGAUAAUCUCUACAUCAAUCAAUUGUAAAAAGUUAUCGUUUUAGAUAAAUAGUUUAGAACAUCGUUUUCAGACAAUAAUUGUACUUAGCAAUAAAUUUUAUUUUUAUUACAA